AUGGGGGGGCUGUGCAUGGGGCUGCAGAUGCACGUGCAGAGGGCAGCAGGGCGCACGGGGCGCACAGGGCAGCAGGGCAGCAGGGCGCGCGGGGCGCGCAAGACAACAGGGCGCGCGUGUCGCGCAGUACUGCAGGGCGCGCGGGGCGCGCAGGGCAGCUGGACAGCAGGGCGUGCGGGGCGCACAUGGCUGCAGGGCAGCAGGGCGCGCGGGGCGCACAGGGCUGCAGGGCGCAAAGGGGCGCGCAGGACAGCAGCAUGCGCGUGGUGCGCAGGGCUGCAGGGCGUGCAGGGCAGCAGGACAUCAGGGCACGCGGGGCGCACAGGGCUGCAGGGCAGCGGGGCGCGCACGGCGCACAGGGCUGCAGGGUGCAUGGGGCGCGCGGAACAGCAGGGUGCGCGUGGCACGCAGGGCUGCAGGGUGCGCAGGGCAGCAGGACAGUAG